UCAACUGUUUGAGAUUUUUAGGGAAAAUCCAAUUAGUUAUGAAAACAGAGUGAAACUUUAAAUAAAUAAACCAAUUAAGCCCACUGAUAAGCGGACCAGCAAUCUUCAAUGAAAUCACUAGCCACAGAUAAUAUCCCAUCGAGCACCUGCAAGCGCACGUCCAGCGGACCGGCCCCAGACGCUCCACCUCGCACCUGUGCGUCGGCCGCCCCCCAGCCCUCGUCCGUGGAUGUUAUCAGGUCCGAGGCGCGCUAAGGCAGAGGCAGCGACGACGACGAGUGGGCGCGCACAAAAGGCCACCGCUCAAGGACGCAGCGUAGGCAGAGUUGCAGUUGCAGUGGCAGCGGCAAAGGCUGCGACGUAACCGCGCAACGUGCCCCGAAUACAAAUAGUUCCCCCCUAUUGGAUUUUCUGCCAUGCAACGGAUGAGGAGCGGCUGACAGCGGAACGGCCAGCAAGACACACCUUAAAUAGCGAGCAAUAUAGUAACUCUAGUCAUUAGUUCAUAUGGAUGCUACCGCAAGUUCAAAGUUCAGCGAUGUGGACGAGUAUGGCUUCAAGCGGGGCGAGCACUUCGACUACAAGAACUACGGCAAGUUCAUGGACGGCUACCUGAAGACGCUGACGCGCCGCCGCAUGAAGUGGGAGGCCAUACUGCAGCAGAACACCGAUCUCAGCCAGAUGGACCCCAAGCUUAAGCGGUACAUACGCAAAGGUAUACCCGGGCCGUACCGUCCCGACGUCUGGAUGAAGAUAUCCGGCGCCGCCGCCGCCCAGCGCCGCUCUCCGGAUCUCUAUCGCAGUCUGCUCAACGCAGAGCCCUACAACAAGGAAAUCAGUGAUUCCAUAUCAAUCGAUCUACCUCGUACCUUCCCCGACAAUAUUCACUUUGACUCGAAAAAGGAACGUCUGUACAACAUCCUCAUCGCCUAUGCCCACCACAAUCGAGAUGUGGGCUACUGCCAGGGCCUCAACUACAUCGCCGGGCUGCUGCUCAUCGUCACCGACGACGAGGAGAAGUCCUUCUGGCUGCUAAAGCACAUAGUGGAGAAUAUUGUACCGCAGUAUCAUUCGCACAACAUGGCCAACCUGCUGCGGGACCUGGCUGUGUUCCGGGAACUGGUCAUCAGGCGGAUACCCGCUGUGAAUCGGCAUGUGGAGAACUUGGGCCUGCCCUAUCCGGUGAUUGCCAGCAAAUGGUUCAUCUGCAUCUUUGCCGAGGUGCUGCCGGUGGAGACGGUGCUGCGCAUCUGGGAUUGCGUCUUCGCCGAGGGUCACAAGAUCGUUUUCCGCGCUGCCCUGGCCAUGUUCAUUACACACAAGAACGCCAUUUUGGGCUGCGACGAUAUUGCCGCUUUGGCAAACCUAUUCCGGGACACCAUGAUCCAGGACAGCAUUGUGACCGACUGUCACGGCUUUGUGCAGGCCAUGUUUAGUCUGCGCCUGAAACGCAGCGAGCUGGAGAGCCUGCGCAAGGUGGCCGUGCUCAAUCCGGCCUAGGAGACCCCCGGGAGCAGAUCAAAUUGAAAUAGCAAAGAAACCAAAAUAACAAAUUGGAGAAGCAAUCGAAAAAUUCAAUUAUUAGGAGCGUAGUUCAACUUUGUCAUUGCGUACGUACAUGUUCAUGAUUGUGAGUGUUCAUUAUGUAAUCGUCUCUAUAUAGCGCGCGCAUUUGUAUUACCAUUGCCGACCAAUAUUGUAGCCAAGGCCAAAACAAUUCGAGUAUUAGCCAAACGAAAUCAAAACGAGUUACCAAAGCGAAAAUUCGGAACAGAACAGAAAAUAGCUUAUUUAUUUAGCCGCGUAUGUAGUGAGAGUAGUAGCCAAAAAUUUCUAGUUGAUAUCUUCCGUAUAUAGAGCAUGUAGCGGAGUACAUGUCCAGUCAUCCGCGAGCGCAUUUAGCCCACGUUUCACCCCGCAACUGUUUUGUGUUCUUAGUUCGUUGAUUCUUGGUUCUGUUAUUGAUCAAAGUAGAAGAAGGAGUAUUUAUUUUCGAGUAUAACGUGUAUGUACUUCGAUAGGAGCUAUGUGUAAAUGUCUACGUCUAGAUUAAACACACUUGUAUUUACUUUUUAUAUAUAUAUAAAAAAUGCUUUUAAAGUUGUUACAUAGUUGCCUAACUGGAAAGACGUCUGUUAGCCGCAAUCUAAUACUCAAUACUAUUUACAAAAGAUUUAUCCUGAAAUAUGAUUUGAGGAAUUGAUUUGUAAAUGCACUAUCCCCACGGCCAUUGAACCCAAUAACUAAACUAUUCCGGAACUCGGAAGAGGACUUCAAUGGCCGGCGGGUUUUGUAUUUUUUGGAUGCAGCCAAUAUGCUUUUCAAAUAAAAUACUACUGCUAACUGUUA